ACUUUACGAUAUUGUGCAGCUAAUUUGUUAAGUGAACAAAUAGCUAGUAAUAAUUUUAUUCGAGAAAUUCAUGUUUGAAUAUCGUAAAACCAAUGUAGCUACUGGUUAGAGUCUAUGGUUAGAGCAUUUAACUCUCCAAUGCAAACGGCUCAUAAUGUAUGCGGAAGAAUUGUAAAUUGUAACUCACACUGUCUGCUCUUGCCAUAUGAAACAGUGUUUAAUGACUGUACCCGCACAUGAAAAAAAAUUUGACAAUUUGUUGCAAAGAACUUGUUCCUAUGAUUACGUUGAUGAUAACGAAUGUUCUCUAUCUCAUAUUUGAAAUCUUUUUAUAGAAAUGCUGAAGCACACGAUGACGUAAUGCGACUCAUCAAAUAUAAUAUAAUUCUAUUACCAUAAUAUAAAAUGGCAACAUUUUGGUCAGGGAGACCUGGUUGGUUAGGGAAAGUAGGAAUAGCAUUAUUGGCUACAUGGCUUUUGGUACUAAUAAUAUCAGUAUCACAUAUCUUUAAGGCUAAUAAUUUAUCAUCCAAUAAUGAGAGUCCUACAAAUAAAGAAAAUGCUCAACGUUUAGCUCAAAUGGUUAAUGAUUUUGAGAUUCUUAAGAGACAAAAUGAAGCAUUAAAAAAUAUAAUUUUAGGAGAAAGAUCAAAAUCUAUUCAAGGAGACCAUUUAGGUUCAAUACAAGAAAAACUUGAGAAAGUUUCUCUUUAUGAUGAUUUGUUGGAUCAUCAGGAUAAUAUUAAGCACGGUGUCCCUUCUUCUGAAUAUGAAGAAUUAAGAAGAAUGAUAAGAAAUAAUAUUCAAGAGACAUGGUAUUAUAUUAAUGCAGAACUAAGUAAAUUUAGGAAAACUAUUGAUAAACUUAAUUACGAACAAAGAGAAAAAAAAAUACAGGACACAUUAAAAAAUGUUUGGGAUCAUAAAAAAUCUCUCAUAAUAGACAUUGACAAAUUAAUGAAAGCAGAUGGCUAUGAUGAAUGGCGUAAAAAGGAAGCAAAAGAAUUAUCUGAUCUUGUACAAAGAAGAUUCAGGCAUUUACAAAAUCCUAGUGAUUGCAAUAAAGCAAGAAAGUUGGUUUGCAGUUUAAACAAAGGUUGUGGAUUUGGAUGUCAGAUUCAUCAUAUUACAUAUUGUUUCUUAGUUGCUUAUGGUACAGAGCGAACAUUAAUAAUUAGAUCUAAAGGUUGGAGGUAUCACAAAGAUGGUUGGGAAUCAGUCUUUAAACCACUUAGCGAGACUUGUGUAUCUACAAUUGGAGCAUCACAUGCUAACUGGCCUGGUGACUCAUCUAAACAAGUCAUUUCAUUGCCAAUUGUGGAUAAUGUUUAUCCAAAACCAAGGUUUCAACCACCAAGUGUACCAGCUGAUUUAGCUUCAAGGUUAGAGAAACUUCAUGGCCAUCCCUUAGUGUGGUGGGUAGGACAAGUUUUAAAGUAUUUAAUGCGACCCCAAGAACAUGUGAAAAGAACAUUAGAGAAUGCCAAGGAAAAACUAGGUUUCAAAAAACCUAUUGUUGGAGUUCAUGUACGGAGAACGGAUAAAGUUGGUACUGAAGCUGCUUAUCACGAUAUAGACGAAUAUAUGGUUAAAGUUGAACAAUAUUUCGACGAACUUGAACCAAAACCAGAAGUGAGAAGAGUUUUUCUAGCGAGCGAUGAUCCAAAAGUGAUCACAACGGCAAGAAAUCGUUAUUCAAAUUAUGAAAUAAUAGGAGAUCCAGAAAUAGCAGAGACAGCUUCAGUUGCGAAACGAUAUUCCGAUUCUUCUUUACAAGGAAUAAUUAUCGAUAUACAUCUCUUAUCCGAAUGUGAUUAUUUGGUGUGCACGUUCAGUUCUCAAGUGUGCCGUGUAGCAUAUGAGUUAAUGCAAACAUAUUAUCCAGACGCUUAUAAUCGUUUCGCGUCAUUAGAUGAUAUUUACUAUUAUGGUGGUCAAAAUCCACACCCUCAUCAAGCUAUUCUAGAUCAUAAGCCGAGAAAGGAGGGUGAAAUUGAAUUGAAAGUAGGAGAUUUAAUUGAAGUUUUUGGAAAUCAUUGGGACGGUUAUUCCAAAGGAUACAAUACUAGAACUAGUAUGACAGGAUUAUUUCCUAGUUUUAAAGUUAAAAAUCCAGUAGAUGCUGUAGAUUUUCCGAAAUAUCCGUAUGUCCCUUUACAAGAAAACAGGAACGAGUAGGCAUACUCUGAAUAUGUAGUGAUCUUGAAAGCAUUCAGAUUGCUUGAAAAAAAAUAACUUGCCUUCAUAUUUAAAUUGUUAAAAACAGUAAAAAACUUCACAAACACGUAUAUAUUUUACUACUAGUAAAUGACAAAUUUAAUUCUUGCAAACUGAAACUAUCUCAAAUUAUAUAAAAAAAAAAAGUGAAUUAUUCUAUUGCCUAUGCAUAUGUAUAUCUUGAAUUUUGAGAAGACCGUAUAUAGAUAUUCGUAAACAAAUAUUAUAGAAAAUUUUGAAUACGUUUACGAUCUUCUUACAAAUUGAACUAAGGACAUAAACAUAAAAAAAAUAAAAAUGCAUAGCGUACAUGCGCGCAAUAUAAUUAAAAAUUUUUAUAUAUUUUGAUUGAAGUUACAAAUUGUAGUCGUUAUUUUAAUAAGAGAUUUUAUUAGAAUGUGAUUGUAUUAAUGUAUUACAUUGCAACUCUUUAGCGAACUGAAUGUAUGUUUUUUAUAUAAUGCAUUUAAAAUAGAUACAUAAUCAACAUACAAUAUAAAACAAAAAUUAUUUGUGCCAAUGCACUUGAACUCAAAGUAUUAUUUACAGUGGCAAGCCAAUAAUCAGAUAAAACCUAAGUAAUAUGUCAAUUUUUAUAAAAUUGCAAGAAGGUUUUAUACAUUAUUAGUUAAUCUCAUAUCUCUUAAUAAAGGCUUGCAUUAUAAUUCAUUGUCAUAACGUACAAUUUGUACAUAAGAUAUACAAUA